UCCGCCGGCGGAGCUCCACUAUGCCAGACAGUUUCGACACUUUGCAAAGACAAAGACCAGAGCGAGGAGGAAGAGGAGGACCGGGAGGAAGAGCAGGCGGAGAGAGAGGAGGCAGGGGCGAUGUGAGCAGGGAACGGGCCGAGUGUUCGGGACACCCCCGUUUUUAUUCUCCUCCGGAUCUCCUCGUCCCGUACCCACCCGCAGCCCCAGAGCCCCGGAAACUUCCGCGUGUCUCCGGCCGCGCUGGUACUGGUUUCAAAUUCAACCUUUCUGAUGUGGAAAUGCCAGUAGAAGUGAUUAGCAUCUCCAGGGGCUGUGGUGAGCAGACACUCUGAGCUUUGUGUCCAGGACAGUCGUCUGAAGAGCAGAGAUGGACACUCCCUCAGCCCACUGAGAUGAAGAAACAGAGGCUCAGAGAGGUUAAGGGACUCCCCCGAGAUCACACAGCCGAUGACAGACAGCCCCCAGUGCCUUCAUCAAGCCAGCUGCUUCCCCACCACAUCUCUGGUGACAGCAUGGGCAAGACCCAGUUCUAAUUAAGGAUUGUCACGCACCAUCCUUUCCAGAGGGCGGUGGCAGAAACUGCUUCCCUCUGUCCCGCACCACGGCCUUUCCUACGACGUCUUCACCUCCGAGGGACCCUGGACUGUCACAAGGAUUAAUUACCCCGCCACCCCCUUGGAUGGGAAAAGAAAUCACGGUUAUUAAGUUUUGAUUAAAGCUUCAUCAAGAGACGUUAUCGGCUGUUUGAAGAUUGCUGAUGAAACAGGCCACUUUAUUUCCUGAAAAAACAAAUUGCACGCCAGCAGAGCCAACCCACCACGAGUGGUCCACUUAGCCUCUGAGUAUUGCGGGUGAUGUCCGGCACAGCCUGGUGGCCCUCAGCCUGCAGACGUGGCCGUCAGGAGGCUCUAAAUCUCCCUGGCCGUCCCUGUCUUGUCCUGCCCUGUGACUGAGCCUCCAUCUCUGGGCUCUUUCUUGGGAGUUCUUCCCCAGUUAGGCCUGGUCUCCUCCAGCCCAUCCCUGCCCCGCCCCCUCAGGAAGGCAGAAAAGGCGACCAUGAGGAAAAGAACUCUCAAGGUGCUCACGCUCCUCCUCCUGUUCAUCUUCCUCACCUCCUUUUUCCUGAACUACUCUCACACCAUGCUGGCCACCACCUGGUUCCCCAAGCAGAUGGUCCACGAGCUCUCGGAGAACUUCAAGAAGCUCAUGAAGUAUUCCAACAGGCCCUGUACCUGUGCUCGCUGCAUCGGGCAACGCAGGGUCUCCUCCUGGUUCGACGAGCGGUUCAACCAGUCCAUGCAGCCCCUGCUGACGGCCAAGAACGCGCUCCUGGAGGAAGACACCUACAACUGGUGGCUGAAGCUCCAGCGGGAGAAGCAGCCUAAUAACCUGAACGACACCAUCAAGGAGCUGUUCCAGGUGGUGCCCGGGGACGUGGACCCCUUGCUGGAGAAGGGCUCGGUGGGCUGCCGGCGCUGCGCUGUCGUGGGCAACUCAGGCAACCUGAGGGAGUCCUGGUACGGGCCUCAGAUAGACAGUCACGACUUUGUGCUCAGGAUGAACAAGGCCCCCACUGCAGGGUUUGAGGCCGACGUCGGGAGGAAGACCACCCACCACCUCGUGUACCCUGAGAGCUUCAGGGAGCUGGCAGAGAACGUCAGCAUGGUCCUGGUCCCCUUCAAGACUGUCGAUCUGGAGUGGGUAAUCAGUGCUACCACCACGGGCACCAUCUCCCAUACCUACGUUCCUGUCCCCGCCAAGAUCAAAGUGAAAAAGAAUAAGAUCCUGAUUUACCACCCGGCCUUCAUCAAGUACGUCUUCGACAGCUGGCUGCAGGGCCACGGGCGGUACCCGUCCACCGGCAUCCUGUCGGUUAUCUUCUCACUGCACGUCUGUGAUGAGGUGGACUUGUACGGCUUCGGGGCGGACAGCAAAGGGAACUGGCACCACUACUGGGAAAACAACCCGUCGGCGGGGGCUUUCCGGAAGACUGGGGUGCAUGAUGGGGACUUUGAGUCCAACGUGACGGCCACCUUGGCGUCCAUCAACAAAAUCCGGAUCUUCAAGGGAAGAUGAUGCUGCGAAGGGCUGAGGACAGGUGUGCCACGUGCGAUUUCACAUCCAGCCCCAGCUUCUCACUGGCGCUGUUCUUCUCCAGGAACUUCGAGGGCCAGCCUCAGGGGUGUGCCCAGGUGCCCCUCACAGCCUCUUGCACCCCAACAUUGGGCAGCAUCUACUCAGCAAGGUCGCCGACCCCUGCCAGGGCUGCAGAGCAAGUCUCAGAACCAGUCUCGGGAGGGGAGAAACCGCUCCCCCCCACUCCCCAGUGCUCUUCUGGGCUGGGGGAGGCAGGAAGACUCUGGAGAGGCCCCAUCCAAGGAGUCCCAUGUUCUAGAGGAGAGGAUGGUCUCCCGGGGGGAAGCACAGAGACUACGCUGCCGAGGGGUCCGGGGCCAACACUCUGAUUCUUGCUGGGAAGUUUCUGGGUGAAGAUGACCUCCAGGAGAGCCACCCCACCUCCCCUUUCUGCCCAAAGAUCAUUGAACCGUGGCCAGAAGGGGUCCCCACCCUGAAGGUCUUCAGAGACUCUAAAUGCCCAGGAGAUGUCUUUUUCCCAAGCUGACGUUUCCUCGAGUAAUUGAUCUCUGUGGUUAUCAUGACAGCUGAGCACGGGUCUACGUGCUUCCAUGUGCCUUGGUACUGGGGGGAGAAAGGCAUGCAUUGACUGAAAUGUGGCAAAAGCCCCAACGUGGGGAAGGAGAGACCCCAGCAGUGCACUCCCCUUGGUCUGUAGCUGGGGAGAGCGUUCUAGUUUCCGGAGCCAGUGUCUGAGCUGCAAGAACGCUCAGUUGGAACUAGGCUCCAUCCAGAGGCCCGUCAGCCAUGGAUCAUACAUUCUUGUUUUCACAGACUAUUGGAAUUGGUGCCCAUAACCUUCCAGAGCUUUGUGGCGGAGAGGGGGCAUCAGCCAGCAGUUGCCCCCAGGGUCAGAUCCCCCCUGGCCACCUGUGUGAGGACAUCCUAGAAACGUGACCGUCAGAGGGGAGAAGUCAUACCUCAUCCUUCACGUCCCAGCUGCUCUUUCUUCCUCGUCAGCCUUCCUAAUUAUUUAUUGUUUUGUCUUUUAAAUUCAACUGACAUCGUC